GCUAAUAUGGCUCCCAUAGUUACACCAUCCUCUCUCCUCUCCUAAUCAGCGACUUGACUGCUCAGACCAGGCUACGGAUCAGGAGCUAAGUAUCCUUUGUCCCUCCCAACCGCAACUACAGGAGCGAUUGAAAUCGGGAGGCACCUCGCGGAGUUGAAUUCCAUAGCCAGGGAAACACCACUUCCGCUGACGUCAUUACGGCGACACGUGGAUCCAAGAUGGCGGCGGCGAUGGAUUGGUUGCCGUGGUUACUGCUCCUUCUCUCCCUCACAUUGGAAACAAGAGCCUUCUAUGUCCCUGGGGUCGCACCAAUCAACUUCCACCAGAACGAUCCUGUAGAAAUCAAGGCUGUGAAGCUCACCAGCUCUCGAACCCAGCUACCUUAUGAGUAUUACUCACUGCCCUUCUGCCAGCCCAACAAAAUAACCUACAAGGCAGAGAAUCUGGGAGAGGUGCUGAGAGGGGACCGGAUUGUCAACACCCCUUUCCAGGUUCUCAUGAACAGUGAAAAGAAGUGUGAGGUUCUGUGUAGCCAGUCCAACAAGCCAGUGACCCUGACUGUGGACCAGAGCCGGCUCGUGGCUGAGCGGAUCAUGGAGGACUACUACGUCCACCUCAUUGCCGACAACCUGCCUGUGGCCACCCGGCUAGAGCUCUACUCCAACCGAGACGGCGACGACAAGAAGAAGGAAAAAGAUGUGCAGUUUGAACAUGGCUACCGGCUUGGCUUCACGGAUGUCAACAAGAUCUACCUGCACAAUCACCUCUCGUUCAUCCUUUACUACCACCGGGAGGACCUGGAAGAAGACCAGGAGCACACAUACCGCGUCGUCCGCUUCGAGGUGAUUCCCCAGAGCAUCAGGCUGGAGGACCUCAAAGCAGAUGAGAAGAGCGCAUGCACCCUGCCUGAGGGCACCACCUCCUCGCCCCAAGAAAUUGACCCCACCAAGGAGAAUCAGCUGUAUUUCACCUACUCUGUACACUGGGAGGAAAGUGACAUCAAGUGGGCCUCUCGCUGGGACACUUACCUGACCAUGAGUGACGUGCAGAUCCACUGGUUUUCUAUCAUUAACUCGGUCGUGGUGGUCUUCUUCCUGUCAGGUGAGAGUGGUCUGUGGGUUUCGGAGUGGGUCCUUGGGGGUGGUCCCUCCAGGAGUACGUUCUCCAGAGCCGAAGAAGCAGUCUCACUUUCUGGCCCUUUACUGCAGGAAGACACCAUGGAAGAGUCUGGAUGGAAGCUGGUGCAUGGUGAUGUCUUCAGGCCACCCCAGUACCCCAUGGUCCUCAGCUCCUUGCUGGGCUCAGGCAUUCAGCUCUUCUGUAUGAUCCUCAUCGUCAUCUUUGUGGCCAUGCUUGGGAUGCUGUCGCCCUCCAGCCGGGGAGCUCUCAUGACCACGGCCUGCUUCCUCUUCAUGUUCAUGGGGGUGUUUGGUGGAUUUUCUGCUGGCCGCCUGUACCGCACUCUAAAAGGCCACCGGUGGAAGAAAGGCGCCUUCUGUACAGCGACGCUGUACCCUGGUGUGGUUUUCGGUAUCUGCUUUGUACUGAAUUGCUUCAUCUGGGGAAAGCACUCAUCAGGAGCGGUGCCCUUCCCCACCAUGGUCGCCCUGCUGUGCAUGUGGUUUGGGAUCUCCCUGCCCCUCGUCUACCUGGGCUACUACUUCGGCUUCCGCAAGCAGCCGUAUGACAACCCUGUGCGCACCAACCAGAUUCCCCGGCAGAUCCCUGAACAGCGGUGGUACAUGAACCGAUUUGUGGGCAUUCUCAUGGCCGGGAUCCUGCCCUUCGGCGCCAUGUUCAUCGAGCUUUUCUUCAUCUUCAGUGCAAUCUGGGAGAAUCAGUUCUAUUACCUCUUUGGCUUCCUGUUCCUCGUCUUCAUCAUCCUGGUGGUGUCCUGCUCACAAAUCAGCAUCGUCAUGGUGUACUUCCAGCUGUGUGCAGAGGAUUACCGCUGGUGGUGGAGGAACUUCCUAGUCUCCGGGGGAUCUGCAUUCUACGUGCUUGUCUAUGCCAUCUUUUAUUUUGUUAACAAGCUGGACAUCGUCGAGUUCAUCCCCUCGCUCCUGUACUUUGGCUACACGGCCCUCAUGGUCCUGUCCUUCUGGCUCCUCACGGGCACCAUCGGCUUCUAUGCAGCCUACAUGUUUGUCCGCAAGAUUUAUGCUGCUGUGAAGAUAGACUGAUGCGGGUGGACCGUGGCCAGGCCCACUUCAUCCACGGACAGGAAGCCACCCUGCGUGGAGAACUGCAGGCACGCAAAAUAAAAUAACUCCUGCUCGUUUGGAAUGUAACUCCUGGCACAGUGUUCCUGGAUCCUGGGGCUGCGUGGGGGGCGGGAGGGCCUAUAGAUAAAUCUUGCAUUUUUCUUCAUCAUCUUAUUCCAGUUCCGUGAGGGAUGAGGUUUUUGUGCGUUGUUUUUUCUUCAGUGCUAAGAAAGUUCCCUCCAGCAGGAACUCUCGGACCUGUUUAUCCAAGUUUGUUUUUCAUUUGGAGUUUUUCCUUAGUUUUUUUUUUAACAAAUGGAUCCAGCGUGGACAAAUCCACCGAGACACUGGGUUUUGGUCACUGUCUCCACCUCAGUUCCUCAGGGCUGUUGGCCACCCACGACUAACUGGAAAAGGACACGCCGAGCCUUCUGGGCUUCAGUGAGGUUUCCGAGCCUCUUGCCGCCUGCCCUCGCCAUUGACGCCGUGACAAGCACACUCUAGUCCUGACAUGCAUUCUCAGUGCCAACCAGCCUCUACCAGCCCUUUCCCCUCCUCUUCUGUCCUUCCCAGCCUCCUCCCAGGGCUGCCCAAGGCAGGGCUUCCAUCAGGCCUCUUGUCACCAGAAGCAAGACCCCAUCUUGGUUGCUACAAGGAAAUCCCAUGGAUGUGCUGGAGGCCAGGUGCCCCCGGACAGCAGGAUUCAGCCCUGCUCAGAGCAGCGGGAGUUGGCUGGACCAGGGAAGAGACUUGCAUUGAACUGUUCUUGUGCCAAGAAGCCCUGGAUCUGGGGCCAGUAUUUCCAGAGCCCAGCCAAGCGUCCACGUGUCUCUGUCUGUCUGUCUGUCUGUCUGGGCUGAGGGUCCUUACCCCUCAGGAGUGCUCCCCAGCCCCUUCCUCGGGGGGUUGCUGCUCGUAACAAAGUGCUGGUGGAGAGACCCCUCCUUUCCCACCUCUAGGGCAGAACAAGAUCCCUUCCUUUCAGUGGCUGGGGAGAGGCACCCCCUCCCUGACAUGCCCCAGCCUCAGUGCUCGUGCACGGCCCUUUUAGCUGGACCCAUCCCGUCUUCCCUCUCCGCCUCCCAUCUGAGUUCUUGCUUCCUUUGAGGGACACCCAGAAAAUUGCUGGUGAGAAGGGAGAUGGAAGGUAAGUUCUGUCAUUCCCCAUUUCCCAGGAAUAGACAAGGAGCCCAGUCUCCCCAAGUUAGAAAGAGGGAGCUAACAUGGCAGGCCUGGCUCCUCCAUGAAUCCCCACCCUUAGAGCCAACCUCCUGCCUACCCCGUGCAUGUCACAAACACUGGCCCUUAAAUUGCAAGAGACCAAACCUACCCUGGGAUUACGGUUUAAGGAACAGCCACUCACCUUUGCCCCAGCUCCUUUGGGAAUCCCACCACAGGACAAAGCUCAGGAUGCUGGUUAAGCUAGGAACACAUCCUACCCCCUCCCCUCCCCGGAUUCUUCCAGCAGCCCUUACCAGCUCUACCAAUCAAACCGGUGAACUUCCCAACCUUGCCUCACAGUAACUCCGCAGUGCCAAGCGGCGGCCACCAAGAAUCAGGUUGGAGAAAAGGGCACCCAAAUAGUAAGAGAAUGAUAAUGGAGUCUUGUUUAUUCAAAUCUUGGGGUUUUUCCCCCUAAGAGAUUCUCUUUUGGGGGGAGUAGGAAAAUGGACUCCUUAUAAGGUGUUUAAACAUUAUCGAUUUUUCUGACUUUUUUAAUCAUCAUCAUUAUUAUUUUUAAUUAAAAAAAAAUGCCUGUAUGCCUUUUUUGGUCCAAUUGUAAAUAAAUA